AUGACUGAUCUACAAAUUAAUACUAAAUUACCAUUACGCCGUAAUCGGCCUGGUACUAAAGCAAAAGAUUGGUGUCAUUGGCCCGAAGAAACAUCUGAAAAUAUGGAUUCACUUUAUCAUAUACAACAAUAUAUUCAACAAUCGAUUCGACGUAAUUCAUCUGAUGUUGAUUUUAUUCUUCAAGCACCUGAUCAACAAGAUGAAGGUGUUUGGAAAUAUGAACAUUUAAGACAAUUUUGUCUUGAAUUGAAUGAUUUAACUGUUCUUUUACAAAAAGAAUGUUUACCUGAAACUUGUUCACAAAUGACAGCAACUGAACAAUGGAUAUUUUUAUGCGCUGCACAUAAAAAUCCGAAAGAAUGUCCAGCUAUUGAUUAUACAAGACAUACAUUAGAUGGUGCUGCUUCAUUAUUAAAUAGCAAUAAAUAUUUUCCAAGCCGGUAA